UAAUAUUAUGACGAUAUAGAAUGUUUAUGGUGUAUAAACAUUACUUACUUUAAUCUAUACUCCUGUUUAUAUGAUAAACUGCUAUAAAGCCUAAUAAGAUAUUUACAAAUCCUCGUAAACCUUUUCUAUAUAAUAAUGAAAUAAGUUUUAUUAAAAACAAUUUCAUUUUACUGAGUAACGAAUGAUUUUAAAUAAAGUAGCAACGUUGUUCCAGAACUUUCCUUGUAUUAUUUUUAAAUAAUUUAAAAAUUUUAUCGUUUUUAGUAAUAAAAUAAUUGGACAAAGUAUAAUUUCCCUCUUUGCUUCAUACCACAUUAUACACUUACAAAUAUAAAACUGUAAUAUAAGUGUUUUUAUAUUAACUGUGUAUGGUCUAAAAUAAAGGUAAUAUUGACUUGUAUCAAUGAGUCCUAGACAAGACUUAAUUUUCAAAAGAUAUAUUUGUAUUGAAGAAAAACUCUAAUUUAUACAUCAUUUGAUCAGGAAAAAUGAUUUCUAGUAACACUGAAAAAAUUACGCAUAAAUUAGUCUUAUUAAACAGUUUCACGUAACUGUAAUUAAUUAAAUAUCAUUGUAUAGUUUGAUAAUCAUCAGGAAGUAAUCGUAUUACAAAACUUCAAAAAACCUAAUCCGUAAAUGGUUCCACAGAUAUAUGAUGAGUAUUAUUUAAAAAUGCUAUUAAUACUUUUCAUGCGUUGUGGAAAUUUAAAUUAAGCCAUGUUAUUGUAUGUAGUUUACAAGAUCUAUGUGGUUAAAAAAAAGAAGAACGUUUUAUGGCUAAUACCGAAUAAGGGGAAAAAGUUAUUGAAUCAAGACAAUUCUAUUUUAUGCAACUAGUAACGCGUGCCAUGAAUUAUACGCUGUAUAUCAGCUGGUACACAGAAGACCGAAGACCAUAAUAUCAAAUUUGAAAGCGAAAUGCAAGCAUUCCUGAGCGCAUAGUCUCAGGCUGCUUGCGAUUAGUAUUCUCUGCGCUUUGUGUCUCGCAUGACGGAAACGUUACACUUACAACUGGGCUUAAAACUACACCGAAUUACGUAACAGUGAAAGCAUACCGGUGGUCAGCAGGAAGAAUUAUUGACCGAUUUUAUCUCCAUUUUCUUAACGUUACACGUUUCGUGAUGCUUAUCCUUUUUUCCAGUAACUCGAAGAUUGAAAAUAAAUUUUUAUAUGAACGAUUAUUCUGGACGUCUAGAAUUUUUAACUGAUUCUAUGAAAAAAAAAAUGGCGAAGUGAUUCAGAAGAGAAUUUAAAGAUCGUAUUCGUAGAAAUUGGAGUGAGAAAUUAGGACAUUAGGAAUGAAAAGUUUUAAUGUGUUCAAUAUUGCGAUAUUUUGAUCAAAUGUUUAAUUUAUGUAAUAGAUUGUAAGAUUUUAAGAAGAUGGCCUCUGGCGCUCUAUGCGCAAUUUACAGAUCCAGAGGGGAUUUUCUUAGAGUAGAACUAUAUUUGCAUAUAUUUUCUUUAUCUGUAUACAUUACUUUCUUUAAACAGUUUUAAAUAAGUGCAUCAAUGCGUACAUUAUUUUAAUUUGAUUAAUAUGCGUAUCAAUAACAUGAAUAGUAAUGUGUGCAUAGUAUUGGGGUAGUACUAAUAAACGAGUAGUCUUUCAGAUUUAUUUCUAAACGAAGUAAAUCACCUACAGUGAAAAGAUUUAUUGUAAUAUAUUUGAAAUAUAGUAGACCUAUAUUUGCAGAUCGACUGGGCGUUUAAUAAUGUGUUCUUUAUCUGUAUAUAUUACUUUCCUUAACCAGUUUUAAAUAUGUGCAUCAAUGCGUACAUUAUUUUUAUUUUAUUAAUAUGUGUAUCAAUAGCAUAAAUAGUCAACUCACAACUAACUGAAAAUAUAUACAGUGCAUUUCCAAGAAAAUGAAUACAAAUUGUAAUUUUAACACACUGCUUGUGUGAAUCUUAAAGCCCUAGAAAAACAUUUUCUGACUCUGUACGUAACAUACAUAUACAAUUCUAUAAGUAAUGUGUGCAUAGUAUUAGGGUAGUAAUAGUAAACGGGUAGUCUUUCAGAUUUGUUGGACUGUAUUCGGGCAAUAUUUGAUUCCUGUCAGUUGGAAAUCUUUGCUUUUAACAGUUUCUACGUUUAGAAGUCGAUUAUUUUGUACAAAAAGUACCGUGUAAUUUGGGGGAUAGUACGCUUUGGAGACAUUGAAAGCUGUCCCCCUCGGUGCACACAUGUGGAGAGUCGAAAACGAGAGCGAAACUUUUGCUUCGACGACGGAGGCGUGUCACGUACAAAAGUUCUCGAGGCUGUUUGCGAUGCAUCGAGGGCUGCGAUGAGCAUCGAUUCACGUACGACAAACGACCACCCUGUGGUUCCUAUAAAUACCUUUGUCACUGGAACCCGAACAGUCAGUUCCCUUCUUCACUUUCGUUCGACCAUAACGUUACAUUGUACUCGAUCAACAUGGUUAUCAAGAAAGUAAUGAUCCUGAUGGCGAUUGGAGUUUUCGCGACGUGCAGAGGUGCCGCAGUUGCCGUGCCAGCUUUGCCAGUGGCCAAGUUCGCGCCGGUGGAUUCAGGCCUGAAUUAUGAUCCUCACCCGCAGUACACUUAUGCCUACGACGUACAAGACAGCCUAACCGGGGAUUCGAAGAGCCAACACGAGACAAGGAAUGGCGAUGUUGUCAGUGGCAGUUACAGUUUUAUCGAGGCUGAUGGUACAAGGAGGAUCGUCGAGUACACGGCGGAUCCUCUGAAUGGAUUCAACGCCGUUGUGCACAGGGAACCGGUGGCGGUCAUAAAACCCGCUGUCAAGGUUGCUCCUGUCCUUUUCCACCCUUAAGGAUUACCAGCAUUGGACCAAAAUCUGUUAUCUGCUCAAGGCCAUCGCUGUCUCCACUCUAUACUGCAUCUGGUUGCAUCUCCAUACUGCAUCUGCCUCUAUUUUUCAUCUUCCCUCUCAAUCUCUUCGACAUCUCUUCCAUAGUGUAGUCCCUAAGUUACGGGCUUCCUUGGAAAAUGUUCAAAAGAGGAAACGAGACAAACAUAUCGGCAAACUUCAGGCUUAUUCGAGGCCCAGGGUUUUCCCCGUCUCUGCCGAUAACCAACAUCUCCCAUGGCAAUGUUGAUAUUAUUCAAUUGUAACUCGGAGGAAGAUACGUUUGCUUUUGUUUAUGCUUGACUAGUCAUCUCAUAAUGUACAUAUUGUAACGAUUUUGUAAUUACACGUUUGUAUUAAAGUUUUUUUGUAAAACAGAUUUGUUUACCCUUCAUCUGCGUUUUCCUUUAAUGUACCACACGGAAUGUAAUGCUGCAAUGUUGCGAGAAUAUUGCUGCAAUAUUCCUGCAUGAUUGGUAAUAUUGCUGCAAUGUUCCUGCAAUAUUGGUAAUAUUGCUGUAAUGUUCCUGUAAUAUUGGUAAUACUCCUGUGACGUACUGCAAUAUUGCUUGUCGUACGAGACUGUCUAUUACAGGCUAAAUGUAAAAAGUGUUAUUUAUUUUGCAUCCCUAAGAUUUUAUAAUGUUAUUAAUUAACAAAUUUGAUUUGUAACAUGUAUCUAGAAUGCUUUAUGAUAGACUUUCAA